UACGGAACACUGUCGUUUCACCUCACCCCCCACAAACCCGGAAAAAUGAAAAGGAAAAUAGUCAACUUCCAGGUCGCCAUUAUACUCUCCUGAUGUUCUCUCCGGAAGCAGUAGGGCAGCUGUUUCAAUCGGAGAGAACCCAAGAUUCUACAUGCUACACGUACAUACACCCGGCUAUAUAGAGAGAGAAAGUAGAGAGAGAGAGAGAGAGAGAGGGACGAAGGGCGUCAGUCAUGGUGUCUUACGUGAGCGCGUUGCUCUAUGGAGUUGGCGGAAUUGUGAUGGCGGGUAUGGCAUUGCUGGUUACUUUUCAGGAGAAGCUCGUGUACGUGCCUGUCUUGCCUGGACUCUCUAGAUCCUACCCUAUAAACCCUGCCCGCUUUCGCCUCCUAUACGAGGACGUCUGGCUUACAUCCUCCGAUGACGUCCGCCUCCACUCCUGGUUCAUCAAGCCCUUCCCCGAUUUUAGAGGUCCAACUGUUCUCUUUUUCCAGGAAAAUGCAGGAAACAUCGCUCAUCGCAUUGAAAUGGUUUUUUAUAUGUUACAGAGUCUGCAAUGCAAUGUUUUCAUGCUUUCUUAUAGAGGUUAUGGAGCUAGUGCAGGAUUUCCUUCGCAACAUGGUAUUACAUUGGAUGCUCAGGCUGCAUUGGAUCAUCUGGUUCAGAGGACAGACAUUGACACUUCCAGAAUUGUAGUCUUUGGAAGGUCGCUUGGGGGAGCUGUUGGUGCUAUGAUUACCAGAAACAACCCGGACAAGGUGGCUGCAUUAAUAUUGGAAAACACUUUCACAUCCAUCCUGGACAUGGCUGGAGUUGUAUUCCCAUUUCUGAAGUGGUUUAUCGGAAGUAGCUCAAAGGGUCUCAGAGUCCUCAAUCUUCUAGUUCGUUCUCCAUGGAGCACCAUCGAUGUCAUUGGUGAGAUCAAACAACCAAUCCUUUUCCUCUCUGGACUACAAGAUGAGGUUGUUCCCCCAUCGCACAUGGAAAUGUUAUAUGUUAAAGCAGCUGCACACAAUCAGCAGUGCUUAUUUGUAGAAUUCCCUACGGGACAUAAGACCAGUGACAACGGAGACGAAGACUCUUUCUGGUCAUCCCACUAGUGAAUAUAGGCCAGGACAGACUCACUCCUUCACGGAGGUGAUAGUUAUCGAAGGGAUAGUGACUAUCGACGGGAGAAUUCUCGAAUAAGGAGAGGAGGCUUGAAGUAACCUUUCAAAAAGAGAUCCAGAUAGGGGAAAUCACACGGCUGGAGUUCCUCAAAGCCGAGGUUCGGUAAGCAUAUGGAUACAUGGUUGGCUGAUAGUGAUCGCUAUUGGAGAGCAAUUCAGGAGUUCUUGGAAAAAACUGUUCCAGAUAAGAAGGAUAGCGGCCCUUCUAGAGUUGAUUCCGAGCCGAGGUGAUCUGCUGGGAUCUGGAAUUUAAGACUUAAUGUUUCAGCAUCCUUGGAAUUCAGCAGCUGUUGCUGUGCUGAAAAGGUUUUUGUGAUUGUCAGCAACUGCCAUGCUUGAGAUUUUCUUCUGGGCCGUAUUCUGGUUCAAAUUUCAGAAGAUGAUUUUCGGUAUAUAUAUAUAUAUAUAUCGGAUGAUAGCAACAUACGACAUACGACACCAUAUCCCAGCAGACUGAUUGUAUUGUAUGAAUCGAAAAUUGGAGGAAGAAUCUCAUGUUUACGCUGGGAAUUGGAAUCAACAACUUGCAUCACUCCUCCUUUCUUUAUUCAGGACCUAAGAUACUACAUCGGAAUAUAAUACGAGCAAGAACCCACCGUGAUUUUAAUAGUUGUAGUUCAAGUCAGGGUAUUCAGUUACGUCAUCCCUUUUGAUUGUUUGAGGCGGGUCUUGAAAGCAUUUAGUUAGCAACCAAUUAUACACAGACCACAAAUGCAGAGAUGGUGAUGGAGAAUGCAAUAGGGUUGCGUUCUUGCCAUUUUUUCAGUGUGUUAUUUCUUGAUUGUUUAGUAUUGACUCUCUUGUUUAACAUUUUGAUCUUCCAAUUCUUCUGUAGUUCCAGGGGACGAAUUCCAACAAAAUGUGGAAACAUAGAAAGAGGAAAAUGUGAAUGUGAUAUAGGAGCAAACUAAACUCAUUCAAAUAAACAUAUCGAGAUGGUUUUAGGUCCAACACCUACUAUACUAUCAACAUAUCUUCAGUUAACACUA